AUGAACAGCUCGGCUGGGAGCUCUGAGGGGGAGUGGCAGCCCGAGUCUGUGAUCAUCCCCCUGGUGUUCCUCAUCAUCUUCCUGGUGGGCACGGUGGGCAACUGCCUGGUCCUGGCUGUGUUGCUGCGCAAUGGGCAGGUGAAGAACACCACCAACCUCUUCAUCCUCAACCUGGGGGUGGCCGACCUCUGCUUCAUCCUCUUCUGCAUCCCCUUCCAAGCCACCAUCUACACCCUGGAGGGUUGGGUGUUUGGGCCCUUCAUGUGCAAGGCUGUCCACUUCUUCAUCUACCUCACCAUGUAUGCCAGCAGCUUCACCUUGACCACUGUCUCCCUUGACAGGUACUUGGCCAUACGAUACCCACUGCACUCGAGAGACCUGAGGACACCCAGGAAUGCCCUCGUGGCCAUCUGUUUCAUCUGGGGGCUUUCCUUCAUCUUCUCGGGCCCUUACCUCAGCUACUACCAGGAGUUCCAGCUGGCCAACCUGACUGUCUGCCACCCCAUCUGGGAGGUCUCCCAGCGGAAGGUGAUGGACACCUGCACCUUCAUCUUCAGCUACGUCAUCCCGGUGCUGAUCCUGAGCCUGACGUACAUGCGGACUAUUCGCUACCUCUGGAAGUCCGUGGACCCUCUCCAAGACAUGUCGGAGUCCAAGAAGGCCAAGAGGAAGGUUACCACCAUGAUCAUCAUCGUAGCUGUCCUGUUCUGCCUCUGCUGGCUGCCCCACCACCUGCUCAUCCUCUGUGUCUGGUUCGGGUACUUCCCCCUCAACCAUGCCACCUACGUGCUCCGCAUCCUCUCGCACCUCCUCUCCUACGCCAACUCCUGCCUCAACCCCAUCGUCUACGCCCUGGUCUCCAAACACUUCCGUAAGGGCUUCAAGAAGAUCUUUAUCUGCCUCUUGCACAAGAAGGCAGCCAACAAGGUGCACAUAGCUCAAGGGAUGAGCAUGGUCAGCACUCUGGAGGCAGAGCUCAGCGAGGUGACCCAUGCCAGCAAAGCCCUGCCCAGCUGCUCCUCCCUGCGCUGCAAGGUGCCAGCCCAGCCCUGGGGGGAGGCACAGCUGGUGGGAUAG